AUGGCCUGGAAGAUCCUCCAAGCUUCCUCCUCCAUGCCAGCGUGCGCGCAGGCGGAGAGGACUCCGAUGAAGGUGACCUCGUUGGGCCUGCACUCCCCACGGAGCAUCUCCCGGAACAGGGAAAGGGCUCUCUCUGCGAGUCCAUGCUUGGCGAGGCCGCCGAUCAUGGCGGUCAAGGAUAUCACAUUCCGGCGGUCCAAACCGUCGAACACCUUGCAGGCGUCCUCCACCUCCCCGCAUCUGGAGUACAUGGAGAUGAGCGAGUUGCAGACCCCCUGA